UCCGGUCCGGCGGUAAGUGCAGCGAGAGGCCGAGGCCUCCUCUCUGGCAGCGGGUGGCAGAGGAGACAAGUCUGGGCCCGUGCAAAACCGGCCGGAUAGCAGAAGGAGCGGCUGUUGAUCUCCAGCACACGAAACCUAAUGAUGCAUUAAUUUGAAAAGAUUAUUUUGAUUUCAUCAAUAAGACAUUUGAAGUUGCCAUGGCUGGAAAAUCAACACUAUUGAAGGUUAUUCUACUUGGAGAUGGCGGAGUGGGGAAAAGUUCACUCAUGAAUAGAUACGUUACCAAUAAGUUUGACAUACACCUCUUCCAUACAAUAGGGGUUGAGUUUCUAAACAAAGAUUUGGAAGUAGAUGGACAUUAUGUGACAAUGCAGAUAUGGGACACUGCUGGCCAAGAGAGGUUUAGGAGCCUUCGGACACCAUUCUAUCGAGGCUCUGAUUGUUGCCUCCUUACUUUUAGUGUGGAUGAUUACCAAAGCUUCCAAAAUUUGAGUAAUUGGAAAAAGGAAUUUAUCUAUUAUGCAGAUGUGAAGGAUCCAGAGAGUUUUCCAUUUGUGGUUCUAGGUAAUAAAAUUGAUGUCAGUGAGCGGCAAGUUUCAGCAGAAGAGGCACAGGCUUGGUGCAAAGACAACGGCAAUCAUCCUUACUUUGAAACAAGUGCAAAAGAUGCCACCAAUGUUGCAGUGGCAUUUGAAGAGGCUGUUCGGCGAGUUCUUGCUACGGAGGAUAGAGCUGACAGUUUCAUGCAAACAGACACGGUGAAUUUAAACAGAGGAAAGAAGCAGAGCUCUUCCUGCUGCUGACUGUGAUGGGCUGGAUGCAAUGAGCUUUCCACUAUGUGCCAUUGAUUUACUGAUGUUGAUUGGGAUAGUGCAAAUCUACUGGGACUGUUUUGAGGAAACUGGUGUCCGUCAGCUGAAUGAAACUAUGUUCCAGUGAUUGGGAAAAGAUAUGGAUAUAUGUGCACAUAUACAAUGCCAAUGUUGUGGGUUAUCCCCUGAUAACUGACAUAUUCAUAGAUCAGAUGAUGGCAUUUGACAAAACGGUUUUAAGUUUAAGAUUGACCAAAUAAUGUUAAGUUCCACAUACAUUAAAAAGAAUAAGAAUUUGCUAUUGGUACAGUAGUUCUAACUAAAAUGAAAAAGCAAACCAUACUGUAGAUUGAGAUGUUGGUUGUAAACUCAAUUAAUUUUUUUUCCAUUUCUCUAACAACCCAUUCCACAGGUUUUGUGUUUUGGUGCUUCUGACCCCAAAUAUGCUGUAUUGCACUGUAAAUGACUUUUUUCCUUUAUUAAAAAAUAAUGAAAUAUUUACAGGUAUUGAAUAGAAACCUGUCUACUUUCAUUCCCUAAUUUUAACUGUAACUGAAAAGUCUAAGAAUGAACAUGUUGUUCUGCUAAACAGGGUACUUUAAUUGGUAUGAAAAUGUUUUCUACGUGGUGAGAUUGGAUUGUUGCAAAGUCACACAAUCACAAGGUACUGUUUCAUGUUUGGGGAAAAAGUUACUAGCUUGCUCAGUGGUUCUGACGGGACCAUUUACUUGUGUUGAUGCACAAUAAAUCAACAAAAACUGAGAUGAUAGAAAAUGUUGUAAAAUGCAGUGUAUUUUGAAUUGAUUUGUUAAGACCUGAAAUCUUCAAUUCUUUAUAAAUUAACUUGCCUUCAGUACCAUUCCACAAGGUGUCAUUGCAUUAUUUUAUUUCCCCUCAGGGUUAAAUGUAACCUAUAAAACAAGUUAUGGUUGUAAAUGCUAUUAUUUUGGGGAAUGUAAAAAUGUCACGUGUAUCAGAUUACAUAAAUGCUAUCUAUGAGAUUGUCUUAGUUUUAUUGAUUCCUGCACUAAAUUUAAGUUGCAUAUGCGUACCUUGCAUGGCAGAGUUCUUCUAAGUCUUGGGACAAGGAGCUUGCAACCACCGGCUAAUGGCUUAGUUCUAGACUUUAGAUUUUUUUGCUGCACUAUGCCCCAUUAUAUACAAAAUCAGGUUAGUUUUUUAUGCAUAACCACUAAAAAAUAUUUAUUUUUCUAUCACUUUUACCUGUGGAUUUUCCUUCCUUAGUCAUGAAUAAUAGUUCCAAAUGUGCUUUGAGACCUUGUUUUGGUACAACUGAGUGUGUUCAAUGCAUCCUCUUUUCUCUCUGUAUCUGACCACUGUAGCAUUAGUAGAGAUCAGUAAUUGCAUGUAGGGAUCAUUGAAGCAAUUAAUAUUUAAGACUCUGGUACAGUCAGAGGAUCUUCAAUUUGUAUUAUUCUCAGUGUGCCAUUUGUUAAGCACAAAGAGCGAAUUAUUACAGUGUGGCUGGACAAGGCUUCAUUUUGCAAAACAAUGGAUUCAGUUAGUGAAAGGCAGAGUAAAAUCUAAAAAUAAAACUGCUUUAUUCUUGAGCUUUGCUGCAAUAAACAUUUGUCUUAUUAGCUGAAUUAUCCAUUAACCACAUUAAAAUUUGUCCGUCUUGACUGAUGUAGUACUGCUGAAUUAUACAAUGAAGAGUAGUUGGAAGUAAAAGAAUCAUCUUGCUGUGAUAUUUUUAAAAAACCAAUGCUGAAAGUUUAGGCACUCUUAUGUGUUUAGUCUGCCACCAUGCUUUUUGAUCACUGCUUUUAUUCACUAUAUAAAAUUCUUUAAUUG